CUAGGUACCAAGUAGUUGUUCAUUAAGACAUCCGAAACAAGCGCCAUUCGAUCUCGUCAGAAUAGAAGUUGGAUUAUGUCAUCUUGGGACGAACAUCAAUGUGAGAACUAUGGAGAACUCGACGAAUACGAUGGUCCUAUCGCAAGCGAUGGGUUUGGGAGUAGAGUUGAAAACAAAGCACUAGGCACAGGAAUCACAAAUUCAGUAUCCGCGCCACGAGGUGGAUCGAGAACCUUGAGUAGCCUGUCUCACUUUUCGGAACUUUCGAUGGAUUUUGGCGAAUUGCAAGAAGAUAUGGAGACCAAAAGAUAUGCAUCGGGUUCGAUGUUUCCCAAGAAUAGGAAGAAAAAAUCACCCAAUACAACGCCGGAUCGUCCGUUGCGGACAAAAUCUUUUUCUCCUUCGGAGGCUUCUAUUGAUCUGAACGAGUUAGGAGAUGCAAUUGGAGCUGGAGAAGAUUUGAGUAACAAUAGAGUUGUAGCAGGUUCGAUGAAUAAAAAUGGGAGAAAGACUUCAUUAUCUGAUGGCACCCGCUCUUUUUCGUCCUGGCAUCAGCCACCAGCCUAUUCAAAUAAUUUGAUCGAAGAUGACGAGGAUGAUAGUAGUGGCUGUGGCAAUUAUCUCAGCUUCGGGGAGGAUUGUGGCGACAGCACGGUCCGAUUUGAUCAGGUACCGCUCGACUUAUCAACGGUCAUAGAGAAUGACGGAAGCGAAUGUUCCAUAUCGAUUGAAGGCAUGACACGAAAUUUAUCUUCCCUAAAUAAUUCGAAUGGGAGCACAGGUGGAUCAAGUGUUCGGCGAAGAGUUAAGUUUGAGAUAUCCACCAGACUAGAAAACAUUCUAGAAUUUGACAAACCCGAUGCCGAAGACUUCCAUUUGCUUUACUAUACUGCGCACGAACUCCAAAAAAUGAUUGACAACAAUAGAGCCAAAGAWAAGCGAGGCCAAGAUGAUGUUCGAUGAUAUAUUGCCACGCCUCCAUCUCCACUUUUGACGAGUGGAAAUUUUGAUAACCCGUACCGUUCCGUUCUCUACCUUUUGUCAUGGUAGAAUUCAGAUAGGUACGUCAUUAAAGCGCGAUCUGAUAGAUAAUAUACAAAGAUAAGACCAAAGAGUGGAUGAAAAAUGUAGAAUAGACGAAGGAAGGACAAUUAUAAUUCAGAUCUAUGAUGUAGAGCUAAUCAGUAAAGAAUGUAAAUUCAACUACCUGAUUUGAAUUCAGCAUUUCAAACUACUUUUGCGAGGAUUGAAGACAAAAUAUUCAAGGAACGGCCGAAAGUAAUGGUACAAAAACACUUUCAACCUCGGUAUUUGAUUGCAAUCGCAAGAAGAAAAAGCACAAAAUAUUACCUCUUCAACGGAGCUAAAAAUCAGUCAUCGUUCCGAGAGAAUCCGUUGUGUUUAAUUUUUAUUCUAUGUCAUUUCUAGAAAAAAGUCUAACAAGCACAACUGUGAUGUUGUCAGAUGACCCGAGAUGAAUGGCCAAUUCCGCAAGGCGGGCUGCUGCCUUUUUGGCGGUUACAUUUUUCCGAUAGAGAAGAUCUCGUACAACCCUUAUGGCGUCGUCUCCAUCCAUGACGUCCCACAACCCGUCACAUGCAAGCAGCAGAAAUUCCAUAGAUACGCCUUCUUUUCCUAAUCGAACCCGAUGGAAAUCGGGAGUGUUGAUGACGAGAUCCCCACGAAAYCGACAAUCAUGGUUCUCUGGGAAAGUCAGCCAUAGUGGAGAUUCCCACGCCGAGGUGUGGUCAAAUGUUGGUCUUCCGAGUUUGUCUAUAUCAUCAUUUCGCUGUGUCGAUGAGGAAUUAAAGCCAGCUUUGAAAUCUCUGUCACCAAGGGCUCUACUCACAGCAAGCUCACCACAAACCCUAGAGAUGUGUAUGAUUCGUUGUGGCGCGGCUUUACAUUCUUUCGUAGACCUUUCGCUGUCGGUAAAACUUUCGCCGGUGCUAGAAGGGUAGCGCAUGCAUCGUUUUAAAAUUCCAAUCACAUCUUCAUCGUGGAAAUCCAUUCGUCCAAAUUGUCCUAUGGGAAUCUCCGUUUCUGUUGUAAUCCAACCAUUAGCUUGUUCGAUACGGGCUCUUUCUUGUUCCGCUGAUGGCGAGUGAACCGUAGUGACCUCCCUCCAAAAACAGCGCUGGAGAGGUUCGCUCUCGCUACYCUUCUCUACCGAAGACGAGAAAAAGUCAUCUGCACCAAUUUCUAGCUCUUCCCAGCCGCCAUCAGAUUCGUAGGACUCAUUAUUCUCAACAAAACGGCAGAAGAACCCUCGACAAUCUCCAAGGCUAGCAAUCACCAAAUUUUCGUUCGCUAAAAGUGCAACAAGUGCCGUUGCUCCAGAUUCCCAUUCUCUACCUCCUUGUUGGCAAAGCUUGCAAAACUCAUCAUCCAUUUUUACAAUGGCUUCGUGUAAAACAGAUUCCAUGUUCGAAGGGCUGAACGGGUUUUCGUCAAUAUUUCUGAUUUCAUUUUGCAGCUCACUGUGUAUGAAACGCCCUAAUUGCUCCACUGCGAACCUAGCUCCCUGGUUGCCGCAAUGCCCGUCAAAGAUACCAAAAAGACCUACGCUAUGAUCAGUAUCAUCUUCUUUCCAAGCCGUCUGGGCCUCACUGCCAUACGAAGCCGAGUCAAAAGCAUUCAAUAAGUCAUUGGUUAGAAUGUAUGAAUCUUCAUUAGACUCUCGCACACCACAUUCUGAAAUUGCUCCGACCUCCCAACGCAAAGAAGAAUUGCUCGCUUUCUUUUCUUUUGAAAAACCGCCCCCAAAACUUCCGUAGGCCUCGGAAAUCGUCUUUUCCAAUCGAGAUGCUUUCUUCGGAAUAUACGCUGCAUCUAAAAUAGAUCCUUUCAGAAGGAGCGGGUCGGCACAACCUCCAAGUACAAAGCCCGUAGUUGAUUGGUUGACAAUAUCAAGUUUGUCUUGUGUUGGAGGAGAAACUGUCUCAGUUGACGGAAUUAUCUCUUCCUGCUUUUGGGAAUUGUUCUGUCCGUUGUUUAGAGCAGAGCUUGACCCCAUAAAACUCCCUUGCGACUGUUGGUUUUGUUGGCGUCGAAGAUGGGGUGGUAAGUAUUUUGACUUGCUUCGUUGAUGUGGAGGAACGUAUUUAUUAGUAUUGCUGCUCUGUUUUGGACGAUAAAUAUCAGGAUCUAYUGGCGACGACUUGGUAGGAGGCAGAUCUGGAUCGCGUGAAUUCUUCGAAUCUGUAGACAUGAACGCUUUGUUCAAAAAUGGUCUCUGUGUUGGAGGGGGGAUCAAAUGCCGACUUGUCGUCGGACUCGAAGGAGAUGUUCGGAUAUUACCUGGCGAGGGAUCUGUGAUAGCGAAGGGUAUAGUCGAAUAGUCCAUGUCGCCUGCGUCUGGUGUCGAGGACAGAGAUGCGCUGCCCGAAGAGCUUCUUUUCAAGUCCAUUCGACGUUUGAGGGAGAUCCUACCAUGGCCGUGGGACAAGACUGUUUGGUUUAGUGACGGACUUGUCGAAAUGAGUCGAGUUAGGUGUUUUUCGGACAAACUUUGAGGAAGAGMACCUCGUUCUUCUUUUAGGUCUGACGCCGAGAGAGACGAUGACAGCAUGUCACUGCUCGGACGACGGUUUUCGAAAAAUGUCCCACUGGUGCGAGUUGAAGUUGAACCAACGUUAUCGAUAAAGUUGCGCAUGAACGUUGCUAGUGUUCUAUGGAAUUGAAAGAUCCAUUCCUUCAUUUCAGUCGGGUUCUGUCCUUUCAAGACAAGGGUGUCGAUGGAAGAAUCUUCGUCGGAAUCUUCGUCAUCCAUGGCUAGCAGUUCGAACGAAUUCAGCCCGUAUUGUCGCUCGGCCGUUCGGACCCCCCUGACGCAAUCCAUUACGACACGCUUCUCCCAAUAGAUACGGUUAUCGAUA